AUGUUCUAUCUUGCUUCAAAAACGGAACGUUAUGCUCCCGAUGGAGACGGUUUCUGCCGCCCAUCUUCUUCAACGGACCUAUCUUCAGAGAGUUCCUCAGGCGGUCAUCUUCCCCGCUCUGUAACAUUCACAGCAUGCAAUGAAUACUUCGAGAAAGAUCCCGGAAUGCAACAGCGACGGAUUGGAUUUAAACAACGUGCUUCACAGAUUAUUCUACAAGUGCCGGUAGAUCAAAUACGACGGAUAAAAGAAACGGAAGGGAUCGGUUCGAUUAGUCGUGAAACUCAACAUUUUUCACAAACCACAACUAUGCAUGGUCCAAAACGGAUCUACCAGGGAAAACGUUUCUCAACAUAUUUUUGGAUGCUGAUGAUGAUGGGAUCAGGAAUUCUUCUAAUUUAUCAAGUCGCAACACUUAUUACUAUGUAUGUCAGCAAUCCCAUUGUUUCACAGGUGUCUUUCCUUAUCAGCGAGAACGGAAUGGACUUUCCUAUGGUCACUAUGUGUAAUUUUAAUCCAAUCAAAAAAUCGUAUAUCCGAAAACUAAACGCAACCGGUGACUUCUCGGACGAACUGCUCGAUUACCUUAUGGAAUCGCUAAUGGACACCAAAGCACUGUACAGUAAUGCUGAUCGAGCAGAGCUACAUGUAGGCGAUCGAGCGCUUCAAAUCUAUCAAGAACAACACCCCAACUUCACCAUCAAUGGAUUCUUCUCCGAAGCUGGGACAUCUUUAAUUGGGGACGACAAGGCGACACGUGCACGACUCGCCAUGGAGACUGUCUCAGACUUUGUUCUUACAACGAGAGAACAAUAUCUACACACGUUGUCCUACCUGCGCUUUUCGGAGCCCAUCAAACUUCGACACGACUGCUCUGCAAAAGACCAAGGACAACAGGUCCGAAGUGAAGCAGAUGAAUGA